AUGGCCGCCCAAGGACAAGCCAAGCUAACAAUUCCAUCCACCAGCGAAAUAGCAGGCCUAUCAACAUCGACCAAGCGACCCAGCUCUGUCCUGGACAAGGUGAAGCAGCGGAGAGGCAAAGGUCCCAAACGAAAUCUACUCGAAGAACACUUGAAGCAUGAAAGGCAGUCUCAUGACCUUCUUUAUGAAAUGAGAGCUCUCGACGCCAUGGACACGGCGCGCGAACAGAAAGCGGCCGCCGAGCAUGAAGCGGCUAGAAAGGCAGCUGAGCAAGAAGCGGCCAAAAUUGCAGCGGAGCAAGCGACAGCAAAUAGAAAGGCGGCGGAGCUUCGAGCGGCGGAACAGAGAGCCAGGGCUAGAGCUGCCGAACGAGACCAACAAGCCAGGACAGCCCUUCUGGGAGCAGAGCUGGAGCAACAGGCAUUGGAGAGACAAGCCGCAGCCGCCCUCGAUGCAGAGCUCGCACAACGAGCCAACGCCAGAGCCGCUCUCGAUGCAGAGCUGGCCCAACGAAUGAGAGCUAGGGCGGCUCUCGACGUGGAGCUGGCAGAACGAGUCAGAGCCAGGGCUAUGUUGGAUGCAGAGCUCAGACAGCACGCACAAGCAUCGGCUCUUCUUCGUCGACACAGUGGUGGGCUUGACACCUUGGCAGUCAGUGCUGGUGGACUGGGCUCUGCGGGUAUCUUCAAUCACCACGUGUUGGGUGGUGCCAAUCCUUUGAUUUCUGGAACCCCCUCGUCUGCGUUUUCGUCGCAGCAGCCUUCAUUUGCUUCACAGCAGACUUCGUUUGCUUCACAGCCUUCGUUUGCAUCGCAGCAACCUUCGUUUGCUCCGGGGAGCAUUGCCAAUCUCGGUUUGGCGUCGUCCUAUGGACGAAUCCUCCCUACGUCUUUGCCGGGCAACCCCCUUGCUGCGGCGUCGUUCCAUCAAGGAGCUGGUCCCAUCCAAGGCUUCCCGCAAGCUCCCGAUUCGACACCUGUACAGUCCACGACGACGAGGGCAAGAGCUCCCACGGACGAAGAAGACGAGGAUGCAUUCUUUGCCAUGAUCAAAGGUCGCUCUCAAAAGGAACGCUUUCCCAUCAAGUUGUACCGCAUGAUCUUCGAAGCCAAGAAGGAAGGCCGCGAAGACGUGGUUUCGUUUCUCCCACCUCAUGGGAAGGCGUUUGGCAUUCACGAUGAAGACACGUUUGUUCGAGAAAUCAUGCCUCGAUACUUUGGCGACUGCAAACUGUCCUCCUUUCAGAAGCAGCUCAACCUGUAUGGUUUUCGAAAGAUCACGGUUGGCAAGGAACGGGGAAAGCUGAGCUACUUCCAUACGUGCUUUCUUCGGGGCAGACCAUCCAUGUGCCACAACAUUCAUCGAAGAUGCACCACAGGUGGUGCUGCAAAGAAGAAGGGGGCAACCGAAACAAAGUAG